AUGUGGGAAGGCGAGGCCAACGGCCAUCUACGCAGCCCACCCGACAAAAUCACCCUGCUCCUAGAGUUGGUCAUCGAACAUGGCAUGCAACAACUCCUCCCGGCAGGAAUCCCAACUCGAAUAGAGAACGGAAGCGAGACCCGCCCAGACAAUGUAUGGGCAUCUGAAGGUAUCGUACAAAGGAUGGUGGAGUGCAACACGUGGCCGGAAUGGAGACCUAACACAACAGAUCACGUACCCAUUGUCACUAUCAUAGACACCGACAUACCAAGAAGCCAAGAGGAAGCACGGCCAAACUACAAACGGACAAACUGGGAGAAGUUUCGCAAAGGGAUAGAAGGAGCCAUCAGAGCGGAUGAGACGCUAAGUUCAGAACCAAGAAGCGUAGAGGAAAUGGAAGCUACCGUUGACGCACUCACAAGCCACCUGCAGACCCACCUGAAAGCAACGACUCCAACCAGCAAAACCAGCGAAUUUCAAAAGCCAUGGUGGUCCGACAAGUGCAAAGAGGCUCACCGGCGCAAGUGCACAGCAUACGCCGAAUCCAGGAGAUGGCGGGCAACCCCAGACCACCCAUCGCACCAGGCAUACAGAGUUGCUCAGGACAAGAUGAAAAGGACAGUGAGAGCGAGCAAGGAAGAACACUGGUGGAACUGGAUUGACAAUGCUAACGACAGUGACUUAUGGAACAUCAACAGAUUCCAGAAGCAAAGCAACAGUGACGGUAGCAGAGAACAAGUCCCACCCCUCAAAUCAAGCAACGGCACACUUGCACAGUCGGAGGAGGAGAAAGCAGCCAUAUUGGCUGAAGCGUUCUUUCCCCCACCGCCAUCCCUAGCACCGGCCGAGCCCAUCCUAAUCACAGGACAGCUACCCGAAUGGAGCCCCUACACAGUGGAGAGGAUCAGACGGGCGGCGGGCAACCUCAAACAUGACAAAGCCCCAGGACCGGAUGGGAUACCUAACGCAGCAAUCCAAGAAGCCCUUCCGAUGAUUGAACCCGUACUAGUAAACAUCUACAAUGCAGCCAUGCGCCUACGACGUAUCCCAAAGCAAUGGAAGGUAUCGACAACAGUGGUACUAAGGAAACCAGGUAAACCAGCCUACAACGUGGCCAAGGCGUACAGACCAAUAGCUCUACUGAACACGCUAGGAAAGCUCCUGUCAGCCCUCAUGGCAGAGGACAUCUCACACCUCUGCGAACAGUACAACCUUCUACCCAACUCCCAGUUCGGAGGUAGACCUGGCCGAACUACCACAGACGCACUGCACCUACUCACAUGCGAGAUCAAGAAAGCAUGGAGACAAUCAAAGGUAGCAAGCGCCUUAUUUCUUGACAUCCAAGCAGCAUUUCCUAACGUCGUCAAACCAACACUGGUGGAAAACAUGCGAAGAAAAGGCAUACCUGAAGCGUACGUCCAAACUAUAGAGGAUAUGCUGACAGGCAGGACAACCCGCCUCAAGUUUGACGGGAACCACUCGGAGCCACGACCUAUCACAAACGGUAACAGCCAAGGAUGCCCUCUCUCAAUGAUUCUCUACCUAUUCUACAUUGCCCCCCUUCUCGAGAUCUCUAACAAGACAAACCAGCUCACCAUCGGCUUUGUUGACGACACCACACUCCUUGCGAUAGGCAAAUCCUUUACAGAAACGCACGACAUCCUCAAAAGCAUGAUGGAGAAACCAGGAGGAGUGCUCGACUGGUCAUAUCGACACAACUCACCACUCGAAAUCAGCAAAGUCGCAUUAAUCGACUUCACAAGAUCCCUCGACAAGCGAAAAGAGUCGACGCCGCUCAUCCUGAGUACCACAAAUAGCCAAGGGAACCCGCAGUCAGUCAAUAUCACCAGUAGCGAAAGCUACAAGCUGCUGGGAGUCAUCCUCGACCAUCAGCUUUAUUGGAACAAGCACCAAGAACUGGGUCCUACAUGGUCUACCCAUUCGGAUGGGACGCCAGCUCUACAAAGCAGUCGCCAUCCCGCGCAUCCAGUACGCAGCCGACCUUUGGACACGAAGGUAUACAAGGAAAACGAAGCGGCGGACGAAGAGGCGAAGAAGGCGAUCACGGAAGGCGCAAGAGACCAGCGAACACCAAGGUGGCUGCGAGAACCCUCCAUCAAAUCUCUCGGCAGUGAAGCAGGAGUGCAAAAGACUGGCGAAAAGAAGGGGCAAGGAACGAUGGAACAACUCCAAACGUUUGACCGAUGUCCAAAAUCGACGAGACGAUGCCAUCGAGUCGAUACCUUAGGCUCACGGACAAACUGUCGAGAGGAGAUGCAGCGUUAUUGA